AGGGCAGGUGGAGCCGGAAGAAGACGGCGGAACGGCGGCGGUUCCGGUGGUGGCGAUGAGUUUCGCGUGGCCCUGGCAGUAUAGCUUCCCGCCGUUCUUCACGCUGCAGCCCAACGGCGAGACGCGGCAGAAGCAGCUCUCGGCCUGGUGCGCCUUGGCGGUGGCCUACAGCCAGCAGCACCGGCUGCCCGCCAUGACGGUGCGGGAGGCGCAGGACAGCCCGCUCUUCGCCAACCACCGCCUCCAGCGGAAGCUCCCGCUGGAAUCCAUCCAGGUGGUGCUCGAGGAGCUCCGCAAGAACGGGAACCUGGAAUGGUUAGAUAAGAACAAAACCAGUUUCCUGAUCAUGUGGAGGAGGCCGGAAGAAUGGGGAAAGCUCAUCUAUCAGUGGGUGUCGAAGAACGGCCUGACCAACUCUGUGUUCACACUGUAUGAACUGACCAGCGGAGAGGACACAGAGAACGAAGAGUUCCACGGCUUAGAUGAGACCAUGCUGCUCCGAGCCCUGCAAGCCUUGCAGCAAGAGCACAAGGCUGAAAUUAUCACGCUGGACGAUGGCCGAGGUGUGAAGUUCUUCUGAAGGAGCCCCCUCCCCUCGCUCCCCCCUGGCUGCUGAAGUGUUUCUUGCUGGGAAGGUUCACUCUCCUGGCCUGGGUUUGACACCGUAACUGCAAGCAGCUGCAUCCUCGGGAUGCAAGGACAAUCUGCAAAGCCUUCCAAAGACGUGACUUCUUAGAAACACUCAGAGGUCCUCUGUCUGUCUUUCUUCCCUGUGUUUGAGAGGCCAAAGCUGCUCUGGGCAGAGGGACCACCCAGCAGUGAAAUAACAGGACUGCUCCUGCUGCUCAUCCCUGCUCUUGCAGUCUUUUUGGCUGCCUGGUGGAGCUUGGUCUUGGAGGCACCCCCUUCCUUCCUGCAGCCCUGGGCUCGGGCCCUGCAGCCCCCUCUGCUUUGUCUGGGGUGGGGGGAGAGGGAGCAGAAGGACUCGCUGCGGCUGCUGCACCGUGGACGACCCCGACAGCAGGAAAUGCUCUGGCCGCAGAGCAGGCUGUGCUGUGGGGUGGGGGGGGAUGCCAAGGAACUAAUUUGAAGUAAUUAAAAAUGAGACGUAUUUAUAGAGCA